AUGAGUAUAUGGGACCAAGCAAAGAAAGAGGAAUUCCCCGAAGAAGAAGCCGACAAAGUGUGGCUUUAUAUCAAUUUAGAAAUUACACCAGACCCAAUAAUUCUACAAGAUGAAACCAAAUCCAAAGAAUACGAGCAAAUUGACAUCGAUUUGAUAACAUGGAGAACGUUGAUAACCACAAGCUUGGGUAAGAUGUAUGGGUUAAUAGGGGAGUCCUUGCCAUUUGAUAUACCGGCGAAGUUGUCAUCAAAGUCAAUCAUUCUCAAGAUUCAAACACAAGAUAAGGAAAAGUUUAGUAAUAGUUCAUUGAGUUACACUUUCAAUUUGAACAAGUAUACUGAUUUGGAUGCCAAUUGUUACAUAAAGAUAAAAAAAAGUGCCCACAAUGUGGCAUUGGUGAUAUAA